AUGAUCCAUGCUGUUUUAAUAUUCAAUAAGAAAUGCCAACCUAGAUUAGUGAAAUUUUAUACGCCCGUCGAUCUCCCUAAGCAGAAAUUGCUAUUGGAACAAGUAUAUGAAUUGAUCUCCCAAAGAAAUAGCGAUUUCCAAAGCUCGUUUUUAGUCACACCACCAUCGCUUUUGCUGAGCAAUGAAAAUAAUAGAAGCGAGGUAAAUAAUGAAGAUAUUCAAAUUAUAUACAAGAACUAUGCCACAUUAUAUUUCACUUUCAUCGUGGAUGACCAAGAAUCAGAGCUGGCCAUAUUAGAUCUGAUCCAAACUUUUGUAGAAUCCUUAGACCGUUGUUUUACUGAGGUUAACGAACUUGAUUUAAUUUUCAACUGGCAAACUUUAGAAAGUGUAUUGGAAGAAAUUGUACAAGGAGGCAUGGUCAUAGAAACAAAUGUAAACAGGAUAGUUGCUUCCGUUGACGAACUAAACAAGGCUUCUGAGUCCACUGAUAGUAAAAUAGGACGAUUGUCGUCUACUGGGUUCGGGAGCGCCCUGCAAGCAUUUGCUCAAGGUGGAUUUGCUCAAUGGGCCACUGGGCAAUAA